AUGAGUUUCAAGGGGUUUACAAAGGCUAUCAGUAGAGCCCCUCAGACAUUUCGUCAAAAAAUGAACAUGGGGCCUCAAACAGAAGAUCCUGUCUAUGAGGAUGCAGAACGUCGUUUCAAAGAAUUGGAAGAUGAAACCAAGAAAUUAAGUGACGAAUCUAAGAGAUAUUCCAUUGCUGUGACUGGUAUGUUAACUCAUCAAAUUGGGUUUGCCAAGGCUAUGGAGGAAAUCUUUAAGCCUAUCAGUGGUAGAAUGAGUGAUCCAAAUGCUACCAUUCAAGAAGAUAAUCCACAAGGUAUUGAAGCAAGUGAACAAUAUAGGGCUAUUGUUGCUGAUUUACAAGUCACUUUAAAGCCAGAUUUGACUUUGGUUGAAGAAAAAGUCGUUAAGCCUUGUCAAGAGCUUUUGAAAGUCAUUACAUAUAUUCGUAAGAUGGCUACAAAGAGAAAUCAUAAGAAAUUGGAUCUAGAUAGAAGAUUGAAUGCCGUUACCAAGAUUGAAAAUAAAAAAGAGCAAAAGCCAAAGGACGAAGAGAGAUUAUAUAAAGCCCAAGCUGAAAUGGAAGUAGCCCAACAAGAAUAUGAUUAUUAUAAUAACAUGUUAAAGGACCAAUUACCAAUAUUGUUUUCAUUAGAAGCUCAAUUUGUUCAACCUUUAUUUGUUUCAUUCUAUUACAUGCAAUUGAACAUUUUUUACACUUUGUAUAAUAAAUUCCAAGAAAUGCAAAUCCCUUAUUUUGAUUUAAAUAGUGAUAUCUUGGAAGCCUUCCAAGCUAAACGUGGAAAUAUUGAAGAACAAACUGAUGCCUUAACAAUUACUCAUUUUAAAGUUGGUUAUUCAAAAGCUAAGUUAGAAAUGACAAGAAAAAGAUAUGGUCAUGGUGCUGGUCCAGGAAACGGUAGUGCAUACAACUCGCAAGAAAAUACGCCAAGUCCAACAGGUGAUUAUAAUUCAAACGAUCCCUAUGGCCAACAUAAUGGCUAUGGUCAGGAUUCAUACAAUCAAAAUUCUCCUACUCAAAGUAACACUCCAGGAUAUGGUCAAGGACCUCCUCCAAAUGCAGGUGGUUAUGAAAAGCAAUCACCAUCUUCAACAGGUAGUUAUGGUCAAAAUGGUGCUAAUCCGGGCUAUAAUCAACAACCUCAACAUAACGCAUACCAAUCUCCACCAGCAACAGGUUACGAGAAACCAACCCCAUACCCUACUGCAGGUAAUUAUCAAAAUUCAAAUCAUUCCCUUGCAGGCUCGGUUCCUCCAUCAUAUACUUCUGCUACUGGUGUACCUCAGUCAGCACCUGCAUUUGAAACAGUCACUGCCUUGUAUGAGUACCAAGCUCAAGCUGAAGGUGAUCUAAGUUUCCCUGCUGGUGCUGUUAUUGAAAUCGUCCAGCGUACUGCUGAUAUUAAUGAAUGGUGGACAGGGAAAUAUAACGGUCAACAAGGUGUUUUCCCAGGUAAUUACGUUAAAAUAAAUAAAUCAUGA